AGAAAGAAAGAAAGUCAAACGUCAAGCGCUGCGUGUUCACAUCACUCUGAUUUUCUCUCUUGAGUGUUUUAAACAGAGUGUUGUGUGUGUGUGUUUGUGUUGAGAUGUUGAGGAUGACGUCACAGAUGUGCUGUAAAUCAGUGGGAACUGAUCUGUCCAUGCUGGAUAUUGAUGAUUUCAUCACAGAAAUCUGUCAGCUGAAGAAAGAGGUGGCGUUACUGGAGGAAAAGCUGAGGACAAGAGGAGAUGAACUCAACACUGAGGUUUGGACACAUUCAACAUCAUUUACUGCUUUUAUACUGUCAUUCAUGUCAAACUAAACCAAAGUGAGACAUCACACAUAUAUUCUAUAUAAAGCUCCAGUGCUGAUGAUGUGUUGUGUGUUUGUCAGAUUGUGGUAAAGGUCGAGUCAAACCCCACAGACGCUCAGGACACUGUGUGUGACAGUAAUCACACCUUGAAUCAGGAUGAAUCUACUGAUCAAACCUCCACAGAGUCUCUGGAUUCUGUCUGUAACGCUGGAGAACAGCAGAUCCUGAACACCAGACCACUCAACAUGUGUUCUGUCACACUGAUGGACUGCAGGAAACUGAUGGAGAUGGAAACACAGACCACAGUGAAGGAAGAACAGACUGAUGAAGAUGAGAAUCAUGAUGAUUUUGUUCCUUCAGGUAAACUGUUGAACUGCAAUAACAUGGAGAUAAAAACAGAACCCAAAUCAGAGGAAGAUCAAACUGAUGAAGAUGAUGACUUUAUACCCUCAGAUGAGAGCGGUGAUUCAUGUUGUGAUGGAGAAACGGCCUCUACAUCAAAACAGCGACUGACAGCACAAACUCUUUCCUGCAUCACCUGUGGAAAGACAUUCAGUUCACAGAGACGUUUAGAGACACAUGAGAGAAAACACACAGAACAGAAACUCUUCACCUGCACCAGAUGUGACAUCAGCUUUCCUACCUUACAAGAGAAGAAACUUCAUUCACAAGAGCACAGAGACCAGAAACACUAUGAGAAGAAACAGUUUCACUGUCAGCAGUGUGGUAAGAAUUUUAGCUCGUCUUCUAGUCUGAAACGUCACAUUAGGACACACACUGGAGAAAAACCUUUCCACUGCAGUGAAUGUGACAAAUAUUUUAAAACCAAAUCAAAUCUUGUUGCUCAUCGGAGAAUUCACACGGGAGAAAAACCGUACGUGUGUCCUUACUGUGACAGGAGAUUUAGCUGUACAAUGAAUCUGAAGAGACACAUGCGUGUACACACCGAUGAGAGACCGUAUGAGUGCAGUGAAUGUGGAAAAACCUUUAGGCAGUCAAAUGGCCUGAAGGUACACAAAACAACUCACUCUGAAGAGAAACUGUAUCAGUGUUCACACUGUGAUGAACGAUUCCGUCAUAAAUCUCAUCUGAAAAUUCAUGAGAGAGUUCACCUUAUCACUGCUCCAUCUGUGGAGAGAGAUUCACUUAUUUAGGAAGUUUACAGACUCAUCAGAAGAAACAUGCUGAAGAACAAACUGCACUGGAUUCAUCAUCAUAGCGUCUCAAUCUGUUAAAAGUCUGAGUGCUCGCUGCCAGUGUUGAGGUCAAUAUCACUUUAAAAGGGACAGUUCACACUGAAAUCAAAAUUCUGUCAUCAGUUAUUCUCCUCAUGUGUUUGUAAACCUGUAUGUGAGUCUUGCUUCAGUGGAACACCACAGAAGGUAUUUUGAGAAAUGUCUCAGUGGUUUUGUGUUCAAUCAGUGGAAGUCAGUGGAGUUCAGUGUUGUUUGAUUAUCAACGUUCUUCAAAAUAUCUUCUGUUGUGUUCUGAAAAAGUAAGUCAUACAGGUUUGUGAAGCGGAUUGAAAAAAAACCCUAAUUGCUCUCUUUUGUUUAAACUUGUAUGAUGUUGAUUUUAUAACGGAUGUAAAGCAACAGUUAUUCACCAGAAUUCAAGUAAAUUCUCUUGUUGAAGAAAAUUGGUGUGAAAUCAUCGCUCUCUUAAACAGGGUAACACUUGGGGCUUUGACUCAGAUGUGUCCAUGUCACGGUCAAAUAUGUUGGUCUUUUAUGUUAUUUUGAUGUCUAUUUGUCGCUUUGGCUGUACUGGCCUUUACUCUUCAAUGUUUAUUGUUUUAUCCAGUUUGUAAAGUGUCCAUCAGUAAAUUGUUCUGAGAAAAGUAAUAUUAUUGCCGACACUGGUUGACUGUGUGUAAAGGGACUAUGUCUUAUUUUUUUCAUUUUUAUUGAAUUGAUUUAUUUUAGAUGCCCACAAACAGGGAGUUGCUAUGCCCCACCAAAACAUAUUGCAGAUUGUCAGAAUAAACCACUGUUUCUUGACAGCGAGUCCCCACUCCCUGUCACAAACUCAAGAGAGCUCAUGAGGGGAUUCUCACAUCAUUUGUGUUAGUAAACAGACAAAGUGAAAUCUGCCUUUCAGCGAUCAGAGAUGAACGCAAGAUCCUUUGGCUGCAAAUCCUGAGAGUAUGAGUAAUUCAAUGAUUCAGACCAAUACUAAAAACACCACAAUAAAUCAUUACAAUACCAGUAUACUCCCCCUUUCUGAACACAAACAUCAUUUAGAACAACAAACCCAUAAUAAAUCGCUAAAACAAUACACUUGUUAUGACCUCUAGUUAUAUGACAAUAACUUUGCCUCCAUUGCCUCAUACCUUAUCUCAAUUUGAGCCAGUCUCUCUCUCAUUUAUUAAGGACGUUGUUGCACAUUUGAGACCUACUUGCUCGCCUAAUGAUGUGCUUCCUCCGAAGUUGUUUAUCAACCUCAUAGAUACUAUUGGGCCAAGUAUUCUCCCUAUUAUAGAUGGUAGUUUAACUAGUGGCUGUGUUCCUUCAAGUUUGAAGCAUGCGGUUGUCCCGCCUCUUCUUGAAAAGCCUGGCCUAGACCCAACAGAUCCAAAUAAUUUUCGGCCAAUAUCUAAGCCACCAUUUUUAUCUAAACUAUUAGAAAAACUCGUUUUGAGUCAGCUUACCCCAUUUCUAGCAAAAAAAAAGAUAUUUUUGAUCAAAUUCAAUCUGGUUUUAGAUCAGGUAACAGUACAGAAUCUGCUCUUCUUAGACUAGCAAAUGAUCUUUUAGUGUAAAGACUGAUUCUAGGAUCUGCGUUUAGUUGGAUCUUAGUUCAGCAUUUGACACGAUUGAUCGCUCUAUUGCAGGGGUCUCCAACCUUUUCCAUUCGAGAGAAUGAAAGUGGCUGAGAGCUAUGUUAUACAAUACCGUUGAUGAUAAUUCUGUCCAAAACCAACAAAAGUAAUUGCACUAUACACUUUUUAUUUGCAUAAACACUCGAAUUAAAACAUUAAAAAUGAUGGCAGGAUUUCAAACUUACAAAACUACUCAUAACAUGUUAUCUGACAUGCACUUUUUUGUUCAACAUAAAGUUUUGACCAAAAAAAGUUUUAUAAAAUGACAAACCUUACAUUUCGGCCUUUAAAUUUAAAUGAUAAAUUAUAUUUGAUCUGCUCCAUAACACAGUGGUUCUCAAACUUUUUAGUUGUAAGGCCCCCUUUGUGUUAAGUAAAUCGCUUUGCGGCCCCCCAUAUAAAGACAUAUAAUCUUAAACUUAGAAUUUUAAUUAAACCAAAAACAUUCAGUUAUACAAUGCUGGAACCUCAAUUCUUUUGGUUGGUGGUGUCAUUUUUCUGAUGUUUGAUUGCAUAAAAUGUAUGAUAAAUUUCUAUAUUUCAUAAAAUGCCACAAAAUCUGUGGCCCCCCUGGAUCC